AUGCAGAAGAAUGCUGGCAAAUUCAUGGACCUCCACAUACCGCAAAAAUACUCCGCCAGCAACCACAUUAUCAUUGCCAAGGACCACGUGUCCAUCCAGAUGAACAUGGAUGAGGCUGACAAGGGGACAGGCAGGUUCAACAGCCAAUUUAAAACGUGUAUCUGUGGGGCCAUUAGCAGGAUGGGUGAGUCAGAGGACUCCAUUCUUCAACUGGCCAAGGCCGAUGGAAUGGUUUCGAAGAACUUCUGA